UGGCCCCGGCUGUGCCGUCCGGCCCUCGGUCCGCGGCUGGGGAAGGACCAUGAGCGCCCUGAGGGACGUGUCUCUGCAGGACCCGCGGCUCCGCUACGAGCUGAUCCAGCGCAUCGGCUCCGGGACCUACGGCGACGUUUACAAGGGGCGUGAUACGGAGACUGGAGAAUUGGCAGCCAUUAAAAUUGUGAAAAUUGACCCAGGAGAUGACAUCGGAUCCAUUCAGCAAGAAAUCACCACGCUCAGGGAUUGUCGCCAUCACAACGUUGUGAUGUAUUUUGGAAGCUACCUCAGGAAUGAUCGGCUGUGGAUCUGCAUGGAAUAUUGUGGAGGGGGGUCCCUGCAGGAGAUCUACCACAGCACUGGGCCCCUCUCUGAAAAACAGAUUGCCUAUGUCUGCAGGGAAACGCUCCAGGGACUUCACCACUUGCAUGCCAAAGGGAAAAUGCACCGAGACAUCAAGGGGGCCAACAUCCUGCUUACGGCCAGCGGCGACGUCAAACUCGCGGAUUUUGGAGUCUCGGCAGAAUUAACAGCUUCAGUGGCAAAGCGGAAAUCUUUCAUUGGAACGCCCUAUUGGAUGGCCCCAGAGGUAGCCGCGGUGGAGAAGAAAGGCGGGUACAACCAGCUGUGUGACAUCUGGGCCCUUGGCAUCACAGCCAUAGAACUGGCCGAGCUGCAGCCGCCACUGUUCGACCUCCACCCCAUGAGGGCUCUGAUGUUGAUGUCCAAAAGCAAUUUUCAGCCCCCCAAGCUAAAAGAAAAGGCGUGUUGGUCUCCCGAUUUUCACCAUUUCCUCAAGCUCUCCUUGACCAAAAAUCCCAGAAAACGGCCAGUAGCAGAAAAACUCUUGCAGCACCCUUUCGUCUGCCAGCCGUUAGCCCGCGUUUUAGUCAUCGAGCUCCUGGAUAAAGCCACAAAUCCUGAACUGGCUGCUUCAGCCACGGAUGAUGCGGAUUUGGAGGCUUACGACAUUUUUCCCGACAAAAUCUGCUCGAGUAAGCCGCGUGGGCCAUCAGAAAGCACACUUUCGGAGAUCCAGCUUAACCAGGUUAAAUUCGGCCCCCCACUAAGGAAAGAAACAGAGCCGUGGGGCAACCCGAAGGAAGAAGAGGAAAACUGGAUGGUGUUAGGAGAUGGAGAGAGCCUGCUUCAGUCGGUUGAAGAGGCGCUGGAAGAAAGGAGUCUAACAAUUCGUCCGGCCCAUCCUACUGCUCAGCCCCAUGAAGAGCAGCGGACCGGUGGACCUGGGGAAGAUGUUUCAAGCACUAUCAAAAGGGGACUGUUUGGGGACUUUCUCAACCUGGAGCUCACCUACAAGGCUCCUUGGGAGCAGGACGUGGAGUGCUCGGAUCUGGAGGGGCCAAGGGGCCGUACCGUCCCAGGCAGCACGGCCUUCGGUGGGACGCCAAACCCUUCUGGGAUGGAUUCUACUAAACCUGCAGACUCGCUGCUCUCCACUGAGUGGGCCACCAUGAAGAAGAAGGAGGAAGCCACCAGGUUGCUGUGCCACGGGUUGCCCCCGACUCCCAAAGUUCAUAUGGGUGCCUGUUUUUCCAAAGUUUUCAACGGCUGCCCACUGAAGAUCAACUCAGCCACGACGUGGAUCCACCCAGAAACACGAGAUCUGUAUCUGGUCGUGGGAGCGGAGGAAGGCAUUUACACCCUGAAUCUUCAUGAGCUGCAUGAAGACACGAUGGAGAAGCUCCUUCCCCACAGAUGCUCUUGGCUGUACUGUAUUAACAACAUGCUCCUGACUUUGGCAGGAAAGUCCCCCCAGAUCUCCUCGCACAACCUCUUGGGUCUUUUCGAGCAACGUCGGCAGCUGCAAAAGCGGCCGGUUCCUCUUUCCAUUGCCACCAACCGACUGACGGAGCGGAUCAUCCCCAGGAAGUUUGCACUGUCAGCCAAGAUAGCAGACACCAAAGGAUGCCUUAAGUGUCAAGUGGUCCGAAAUCCUUACUCAGGAAAUACCUUUCUUUGUGCUGCGCUGCCUUCCAGCCUGGCCCUCCUACAGUGGUACGAACCUUUGCAGAAAUUUAUGCUACUGAAGCACGUCCCCGUGCUGCUACCCAACCCCCUCUCCCUCUUUGAGCUGCUGGUAGUCGAGACAGAGGAAUACCCACAAGUGUGCUUCAGCGUCACUGGCAGCGAUCAGCCAGGGGCAGAGCUGCAUUUCAGCAUCCUCUCGCUCAGCACCGGCCACAGCACCUCAAGCCCUUCCAGACGUCCCCUUGUCCUGGCCAGCCACGUCACGCAGAUGGACCGAGACACUGUCCUCGUUUGUUUUGAGCGCUGUGUCCGGGUCGUGAAUCUCCGUGGGACGCCACAGGGAGCAUUUGCCCCCGAACUUGUGUUCAAUUUCCCCAUCGAAACCAUUGUGUGCCUUCAAGACAGCGUCUUGGCUUUCUGGAAACAUGGCAUGCAAGGCCGAAGCCUGGAAUCCAGUGAGGUGACACAGGAGGUCACAGAUGAAUCCAGGGUGUUCCGGGUCUUGGGUGCUCACAGGGACAUCAUCCUCGAGAGCACCCCGACAGACAAUCCUGCGGCACAGAGCAGCCUCUACAUCUUGACAGGUCACGAAAGCAGUUACUAAGUUCCUCCUCGCUGGCUGCCCAGAGGCCCUGCGCGUGCGGCGGAUGCUCCCUGGAGCCGGUUGCUGACGGCGGCAAACUCGCUGAAGUGGGAGACCUUCUGCCUGGGCGUUGGCGGGGGACGGCUUGCGGGCCUCCUGUUCUGCCGCCUCCGGUGCUGGAUUUACUGCUGGUUGGGCUCCAGAUACUGUCUUGGCGCCUCAUUCCAGUCUUCCUGAGAUGUGGCUGGGGCCAGUGGGGAAGAAAUCCUCCCCUGCCCCCGUAUUCGGGGCCAGCGUCUCCUGAGAUACUUUCGCAAUAAUUCGACUGCUUGUCAGUUGGAAGAACUGGCAUCGUAUCCUGGCUGACACCUCGUGCCUGCUUGAAUGUUUCCCCCAUUCUCUCUCCUCCUCCUCUUCCUCUUCUUUUAAAAUCUUUAGAAGUUGUCCAUGGGGACGGCACGUGGGUGGGCGCGGCGUCUUGGCACAGCUGCCAGAGUGAAGACAAUCGUUUGCCACGGGUCAAGAAGGACACACCCCGUCCUGAGCACUUCAGCUUUAACUUUUUCAGGGCACUUUGGAGUUCUGGCCUGUCUCACUGGAAUGGGGGACAAGGGACGGUGUUUUGUGGCCAGUUGACUGGAGAAAUUAGGGUCAUGCCCAGGAUGGGCAAAACUGGGUGACUGUUGCUGGAAUGGAUGCGGUUGUUUGGCUGUGUGUGUGUGUGUGUGUGUGUGUGUGUGUGUGCUGGCAAGAAUAGUUGUGAUUCUCUGAUUUGUUUUUUUUUUUAUGGCUAUGUGGUCAGAAAGCAGAUGCUUUGGGAUGGAGAGAUAGUGGGUGUGCAGUCCGAUACCUAAAGCCAUCACCCUACAGAUCUGGAAACCAGUUCUAUGGAUGCCAACUCCCAGAAUUCCCCUGGGAGGAUGGGCAUUGCUGUGGCCAUUGCUGAGAAGAAUUGGUCCGCAUAUCUGGAGUUGUGGAAGGCUGCUCUGGAAGGAACCAGAUGUGGGAGUGUGCACCAUUUCCAGAGGUGUGGACUUCAAUUCCCAGAAUUCCCUAGCCAUAAUGCCUAUUGCUGAGAAUUCUGGGAGCUGAAGGUCACCCUCCAGGUGUAUGGAUUUCAGCCCCCAGGAUUCCCCAGCCAUCAUGGCCAUUAUCCAGAAUUCUGGAAGAUGAACUCCAGACAUCUGGACCAUUUGAUGUGCUGGGCUACCUUUCCUCACAUCCUUGGUUGGCAUGUGCCUUUUAAUCCCACUCAUCUGGAGAAUAUCAGAUGGGGAAAGAUGGUCUGAUGGUCUAAGUAAGGAAUUAAUGCACAGUUGGAAACACGGCCUUCUGGGUACUGCAAAACUAAAACUCCCAGCAUCCUGCCCUAUUGUUCCCGUUGGCUGGGUUGCUGGGCGGUUUAGCCUGGCUGGUGGUCGAUAGAUUUCCCAUUCCUGUGCUAACAGACCUUAAGUGGAGUUACCAUCAACAAAACUGCAGUUCCCAGAGCUUUUGAGAACUGCAUGCCACCAUUAACCCAGUUUUGAAACGGUUUACAUUUGGGGCCCAAGCACUAAAUGUACGUGGCUGUUUAGUGAUGCUUUUAGUGAUGCUUGGUUUGUAAAGGGGCAAAAAACCAACUUAUUCGAUGCAGGGCCACACUGAGUGCGUUUACCCCAGCCUCUUAAACAUAGCAGCAGUGGGAAGGAUCCCUCAUGACUGAGAACGUGGCACGCAGGAAAAAAGUUUUUCUGGAAAACCUUUUCACUGUGCGCCAAGUACAUGAAAGCAUUUGCCCUCCGGUUUCUGAAACCAUCAGCUCCAGGGGAACAACACAGCCACCGGCUUCUCAGUGGGGCAAAUGGCUCUUGGGAUAAAUUGGGGGGAGGGAGAAGCACUUCCCCCCCAUUAGGAUAGUGGUGACGCCUCCCCCAGAUAUCCUCCUCCAGCCAUUAGUUUCAAAAGCAAAAAUGAGCAAUCUGGUUUGGUUUCCCCACGAAUCAUCCGGAUGUGCUGAUGGGAUGCAGGUUGCAAAGAAUUAGAUGAAUGGCUGUUGCUGGAACAACCAAGAGUUGUGGUUGUGAAGCUAGAUCAGGGACACUGGAAGGCCCAGAGGAUCAGUCAUGCAAUUUGGGGAUGAUAGGUUCUAAGAAUCGAUUCCCCCAGCCUGUGGCCAAUAGAUUCAGAAAGGGGGGCUUCCUGUGCAGGCAAACUUAGGCAGCAAACUUAGAGGCCGAACAUGCCACUUCAGAGGGUUGACAUUUCCACUACAAAAUGUCUAAACUGAGGUCACUGGGAAGUGGGGGCUAUUCUUUGCAGGCUCAGAAGCCCAGAACAAGCUCUCUGGGGGUCAGAAUCUCAACUUGGCUUGUUGGGCAGUAACCACAAUCCUGCUUAAUUCCUAUGCCACGGUUUUUCCUUCCCAGAAUGCUGCUCUUUCUUUUCCCCGUGUGGUUUUUAACUGCUCAAGCUGGAAUGUUACUGUCCUGAGAAAAUCCAAACUUGAAAAAAGAAAAGAAAAUGGCUAUUAAACAUAGAGAAAGAUAUUAAAUUGUGAUAUUUUACUCCCC